AUGGAGGAUUUUUCUAAUGUCUCUGCUUACUGUCAGCGUCUUAAGAUUCUUUCUAACCAGUUGAGAAAUGUCGUUUCCCCUGCCAACAAUCGUCGUCUGGUCCUUCAGCUGAUCUCUGGUCUCCCAGAAGCUUACCGCAGUGUUGCUACUUUGAUUCUCCAGAGCAACCCUCUUACGACAUUCUAUCAGGCUCGUUCCAUGCUCACUUUAGAAGAAGCUGGUAUAGCUAAGAUGGAAAACACAGGCUCUCAUGCUGCUAUGCACACCACUCAGUCGAAACCUACUGAAGACGCCUCUCAGCGAGGCAACCGCCGCCCUGGAAACCGUUCUCGCUCCCGUGGUAACCAGGGUCACGGAGGGGGACGUGGUAACUGCAGUGUACCUCAGUCUGAAGCUCCCAGCACUCCCUCACCUUGGUCCUCUCCUCCUUGGCAACAACAACAAUAA